UAGACAUAAGCCACCUUUUCCGCUUCCGCCUCAAAACUGAUCCUUUCCGUUUUCCCUUUCCAAGACGGUGUGGUGCAUCAGUCUUUGGUCGUGUCAAUCUUGACUCAUCCAACACUACACGUCGACUUAGUGGCCAAACAUGCCUCCCAAAUUCGAUCCGAAUGCUGUUUUUACAGUUUACUGCAGAGCUGUAGGUGGUGAAGUGCCUGCUACAUCUUCACUUGCCCCCAAAAUUGGCCCUCUUGGUCUGUCCCCCAAGAAAAUUGGUGAUGACAUCCAGAAGGGCACAGCUGACUGGAAAGGUCUGAAGAUCACAGUGAAACUCAUUGUGCAGAACAGACAGGCCAAGGUAGAGGUUGUCCCUAGUGCUGCUGCCUUGAUCAUCAGAGCUCUGAAGGAACCUCCCCGUGACAGAAAGAAGGUCAAGCACGUGAAACACAGUGGAAACAUCACCCUUGACGACAUCAUCAAGAUUGCCAGACAGAUGCGUCCUCGCAGUAUGGCUAAAGUCUUGGGUGGCACCUGCAAAGAAGUUCUUGGAACUGCUCAGUCCAUUGGUUGCACUAUUGACAAAAUGGCCCCUCACACAGUCAUCGAAAAGAUUGACAGUGGUGAUAUUGAAAUUCCAGAGGAAUGAAUUUCUGAGUAAAUAAAUGAAGAAAAACCAAA